UGCCGAAGUCAGUCUUUAUGGGGAAUUGAUUGCUACCGGCGAGGCCAAGAACACCGUGAUGAAGCAACAACUUACAUAAAUAAUCUUUCCUUUGCCCAACUGACUCAUCGAACGUGUGCGAUGCGGAAAGCCCACACUGACAUAUAUAAGCCGGUUAGGUGCCAACCCAAUCACUAGCACCUCCUCUCUCACUACCAUGUAUCACACUGAUAUCGCGAAAUUCCUUGAGCCUCACAGCGCUGAGGCCCGCGCUCAUACAAUCACCUCAGAAAGCCCUGUCGACUGGGACCGCGUCGAUGAGGGCAUGGUCGCGCUCUCGGCUUCAUACCUCAGUUUCAAGCGCUACUUGUCCCGCGAGCAGCUCAUGAUACCGCCCCGUACAAGGCGAGAUCUCGAGAGCGUUCUGCGGCGUUACAGCACAGAUGCCAUCCACAACGCCAUUUCUCAGAGCCGUGGUACAUUGCAAGCCGGCGGGUAUUCGAGGGUAUGUCCGAUGGACGUAGCGCAUGACUAUGAACUUAUUUUUUCCGCGCAGGUCUGUCACUUGGCCACGGAUUCGAUCGUCGCUGUGCUGGAUCGCGGAGAUAAUGUCCAACACUUCCUCAGCCUCUAUGCAUCUCCAUAUGACGGCUAGGCUUCUGCUUCAAGAAGCUGAACAUUGAUGGAGCCACUCUCGAUGUCUUUUCGGCUUCCUUUUGUCUGGAUUCUGCUUGCCUUUGCAUCCGUGUUUUCUGUAUUCCUGUCAAUGUAGCACUACCAUCCCAUAGAAUCAAUGUCCAAAUGUGUCCUCCAUCUGUU